AUGGACCUGCCGGACGAGGUGCAGCUCGAGGUGCUGGGCUGGGUGCCUCCCCACGACCUGGCCGCCACGCUGCCGCUCGUGUGCCGCCGCUGGCGCACCCUGGCGCGCGACCCCGCCCUCUGGCAGCGGCUCCACCGCCGACUGCUGGGCACCGCCGGCCCAGCCGCUGCGUCGCCCGACGGGGCCGAGGCCGUGGAUCACGCCGGCGAUGACGAUCGUGAAGAUGAUGAAGAGGAGGAAGACGACGUUGAUGGUGAGGCGAAGGCCAGCGCGGCGCUGGCCGAGCUGCAGUGGGCGUUGGUGUGGAUGCCGCGGCAGGACAAGUACCACGAGAUCAAGCGCGAGCAGGAGCUGUGGGAGCUCGAGAAGAAGAAAUGGAUGACGCGGCUGCUGUGGGCCGCGAGCGAGGGCUACCCCGCGCCAGUCCAGCAGAGCCUGGUCGGGCUCGAGCGCCUGACCAUGCAGCCGGUGCCGCGCGGCCCUCUGCCGCGGCUCGACGUGCGGCCACCAGACCAGCCACUGCCUCGCUUCACCGCCAAGGACCACGGGCCGCCCAUCUACCGCCCGUGGCUAGGCGAGCCCGAGCCCGCGGCCGGGUCCCACCAGAUCGACCUGCUCGACCACAUGGGCAAGGCCGCGCUGAUGGCGGCCCAGUGCGGCCACACGGACGUGGUGCGACUGCUGCUCGAUCGCGGGGCCGAGCUGAAUCUGGACCUCUUCUGCCACGGCCUCCGCCACGGGUCCCUGGAGCUGGCCGGGCUCGUGCUGGACCGCGCGCCGGCGUCGCUACGGAGCGACAGCGAACUGGCGCUGGAGCUCGCCGUGCGUCUGGCCGAGUGCACGCACACUGCGACGCUCGAUCUGCUGCUCGAGCAGCACUUUAUCACUCAACACAUCUACGACGUGGCUCUGGCCCGCGGCCUGGCCAAGGCCGUGGGCCACAACGACAUCGCCCUGGCCAGCGCGCUGCUGCCCGCGGGCGCCAGCGCCAACGCGACCACGGCGGGCCUGCGCAAGCCGCUCCUCUUCAAGGCCGUCGCAAAGGGGAUCGAUAUGGUCAAGCUGCUCCUGGACUACGGCGCGGCGCCGUCGGUGGAGUUCACCACGGGUGGCGGGACGGGCCUGCGCACGCCGCUCGAUCGUGCCGUGAGCCGCGGCGCGGUGCACAUCGUUGAGCUGCUGCUGAAGCGCGGCGCGGAGCCAAAGGUGAGCGAGGACAUGCCGCGGUUUGCCGGCCAGGGCGUCAGCGACUGCCUCACCCUCAUUCAGCGCGCCAAACGACAGAGCUUUGUGGACUCGCUCAGGUGUUGA